GUGACGCUAGCUCACGGCUUUUGUCGUAGGCUUUUGCGCAGCCUAAACGGGCUCAGGGAGACCAAGGAGCGUCCCCAGAGGUCGCAUUUGUCGAGCCCAUCGCACGCCUCAGCGAACAAACCAAGCGCUGAACGCCUCCCGACGCGCUGCAGCCCAGCAUAGCACAACACCAUGUCCGGCCGCCUAAUAAUCCUCCCCAAAAAAUCAUGGAACGUCUGGGACCCGAAGAACAUCGAGCGCGUCCGCCGCGACGAGGCCGCGGCGGCCGAGCGCGAGGCACAAGAAGAGGAAAAAGAGCGCCAGGACGCGGCCGUCGAAAGAGUCAAAGAGAUGAAGCGCCGGGCGACGGGCGAGAACGACGAAGCGCUCGUCGUCGCCGCGCCGGCGCCCGAACCAACGCCCGUGCGCCUCUUCGCGCGGGAGGAGCGCGCGGCGGCCGCGGCCCUCGGCGGCAAGACCGAGGAGGAGUUCGAGCGGGAGCAGCGCCGCGAGGAGCGAGAACGGAAACGGCUCGGGAUGUUUGCCGCGCCAGUCGCACUCAAACCGCAAGGGCCGGCGCCCUGGUACGCGUCGGCGCCGUCCGCGGAGGUCGACGCGGGCGCCGAGGCCGAAGCCGCGCCACCACCAUUGAAGGGCGGCGCGGCGCGCCAGGCGCGCGACGACCGGCGGCGGCGCGAGCAGGACCCGAUGCGCGGGCUCGUGCACAUCCCGCGGCGCGGCGCGCAGCCUCCUGCUUUGCCGGCGCCCGAGCGCGAGCGGCGGCGGCGUUCACGAUCGCGGGACCGGUCACGGCGAAGGCGUGACCGGGACCGGUCGCGGCGGCGGCGCGGCCGCGACGACGAGUUCGCGGCGCUCCGGAAGCGGCGCCUCGAGCGCGAGGCGUCGGAGCGGCGCAAGGCCGUGCGGUUGCUCGCGGCGCGGGACAGUGGCGGGGAGAUUGGUGGUGUGUAA